AUGCCAGAGGAAGAAGGGCACGAAGUCCUUCCACGCAUGGUGAGGACUCCACAGACUGGUAAAUACACACGGGAAAAAUCGGAAGAUGGAGGACGGGAGGCAUUAAUGCCGCUGCUCGUCUGCGCGGUGUCGGUACAGAUUGCGCCGGGAAGGUUCUCGAGUCAGCUCCCCGCCAAGGCCACCAACAGAGGGAACCGGCGGCACCACGUGCGGUUUCGUCUCGACAUUGCCGCGGGACAAAAGGCGCGGAAAGAGCAGCGGCGGGGGCGGCUCGCCGUGACAAACCGCACGUACACGGCUGCUAUCUGCGCGUGCGCGAGAGCCCCUGUGUGGGGAGCACACGUGCCCCUGGGCGGCGGCGGCGCGCGCGACCGCUCCUUCUCGUCCUCCGCCCUCAGGCGGCCCCUCGGUCCCCGACGAAGCCCGAGGCCAGCGAAGACCCAGCGGAAGAUCCUCGGACUUGGGAAGCCCAUCGUCGCCGAGUUUUUCUCCUAUGGAAUCAACAGCAUCCUCUACCAGCGGGGCAUCUAUCCCCCCGAGACCUUCACCCGCGUCCAGAAGUACGGGCUCACCCUCCUCGUCACCACCGACCCCGAGCUGAAGAACUACCUCAACAACGUGGUGGAGCAGAUGAAAGAGUGGCUGGGCAAGUGCAUCGUGCAGCGCCUGGUGGUGGUCAUCUCCAGCAUCGAAAACAGUGAGGUUCUGGAGCGCUGGCAGUUUGACAUAGAGUGCGACAAAACUGCAAAGGACGAGAGUGCACCACGAGAAAAAUCUCAGAAAGCUAUUCAGGAUGAAAUUCGAUCCGUUAUCAGACAAAUAACUGCCACAGUAACCUUUCUGCCACUGUUGGAAACUGCCUGUGCCUUUGACUUGCUGAUAUACACAGAUAAGGAUUUGGCAGUGCCAGAAAAGUGGGAAGAGUCAGGACCACAAUUCAUAGCCAAUUCGGAAGAGGUUCGUCUUCGUUCUUUCACUACUACAAUCCACAAAGUAAACAGUACGGUGGCUUACAAAAAGGAUUCCUUUCCCUAAGACCUGUAUAUAUCCUGUCACCUUGUAUAGUUUCUGUUCAUAGUGCAGCUAAGUCAUGAACACAUCAUUACUGUUGCUCUUGCUGAAGUACGAUACAGAAAAAAGGCGACGUGUUUGUCUAUGGUAACGUGGUGUAACACUAGACUAAGCUGGCAUUGUUUUUAGAGGUCU